UGUGUGACACUUCUGUGUUUGUUUUCACCCCGGACAGUCGGAAACGCAGCCGCGUGGAUAAUACAAGUGUGAGCACACAGGAGUGAGCGUGGGGGGGGGAAGGAAAAGACGCUGUUCUGUUCGCCAGCCCCUCCCUGUUUUCUUACUUUCCUGAUCAUAUAGGAGUGUGGGGGGGCAACGGCGGGGUACCGAGUUGCGGGAUCAACUCUGUCGACAGGAGCGUAACUGAGAAUCGCCUCCGACUCGAGUCCGAGGGCUCUGGAGCUGCGCGCUACCGCUAGCCGCCGGCUCCUCGCUUUGUUUACAUCGGCUCGACGGAGCGACACGUCGGAACGGGCUCGCAAUACACCUCGUUCCUUGUCCUCCGCUCGCCUCCUCCUCAUUAGUCGUGAAAAUUCGCUCACAGUUGCUUUUAAUCCGAGCGAAUCGCGCAGGAACGAGCUGGCGAUGAGCUACCGACACUCGAGUCGCGGCCGUAGCUCUCAGUAACACGAACUAAUGUUUUCCCUAAAAUUCGCGGUAACAUUUUUACUGCCCCCCCUUCAGAAAAAUAUCAAUAAUUAGUUUUGUCACUGACGCCGAUGUUUUGACAGAAGAAAGAAUCUUAACACUUUGUGCCAUGGAGAUUUAACUAGCUGUCCCUCACUAUGAUUUUUUUUCUUUUUUUUUUCUUUUUUUCUUUUUUUUUUCUUUUUUUGGUGCCCAUUGGCCUGUUGUGGGGUUCCAAGUCCGACAUGUCAUUUGGCCGCACUUAGCUGUGUAAAUAUGUUCUGAAAGAGCCAACAGGAGUGUGAAUGGCAUUGCUGGGAAAGCUGAAUUUGCCCUGUGAAGGUUGGCGGUGAAUGUCUGCUCAGUGUUGUGUCUUUUGCCACCCAUCGUUCCCUUGAAAGGUUUUUGUUGAGGUGCGACACCUGAGCUGAGGAGCGGGAGUGUCGGCUUCACCGAGGGACCCGCAUCUCGGUCGCCUCUGCAUCUUAACGCCGUUGGCUCGAGCCUUCUCGUGGUUCAUCGCGGCUGAAACGUCAGAGAAGCACGCUUGUAUUUUUCUCCCGACUCUGAAAGUGAAAGUGACGGAUCUUCCCAACACUGCCAAGAUAACAAAAAAACAAAGUCUAAAGUCUUUAGUCCAACUUUGAGCUCUCCUUCUACCCUACUGGUUAUUUCUAAACAACCCUUUUGGCUUUGACUUUGGCCGGCAGCAUCAGCAUGGCGCAACAGCAGAUGCCAAGUUCCCAGAAGGCUCUCAUGCUGGAGCUGAAGUCUUUGCAGGAGGAGCCGGUAGAGGGGUUCCGCAUCACGCUGGUCGAGGAAUCGGACCUGUACAACUGGGAGGUGGCCAUCUUCGGACCGCCCAACACACUGUAUGAAGGGGGCUAUUUCAAGGCUCACAUCAAGUUUCCCAUAGAUUAUCCAUACUCCCCGCCUACCUUCAGGUUUCUUACCAAGAUGUGGCAUCCCAAUAUCUAUGAGAAUGGGGAUGUGUGUAUCUCGAUCCUACACCCGCCUGUGGAUGACCCGCAGAGUGGAGAGCUGCCAUCUGAAAGGUGGAACCCUACCCAGAAUGUCAGGACCAUCCUGCUGAGCGUGAUUUCGCUACUGAACGAGCCAAACACCUUUUCACCGGCCAACGUGGAUGCUUCCGUGAUGUUCCGCAAGUGGAGGGAUAGCAAAGGCAAGGACAAGGAGUAUGCAGAGAUUAUCAGGAAGCAGGUGCUGUCCACUAAGGUGGAGGCUGAGCGGGAUGGAGUCAAGGUCCCCACCACGCUAGCUGAGUAUUGCAUCCAGACCAAAGUGCCUUCCCACGACAGCAGCUCUGAUAUGCUCUAUGAUGAUCUAUACGAUGACGACAUUGAGGAAGAGGAGGACGAUGAAGAUGGGGAGGUGUGCGGGGCCGGUGGAGAGAACAGUGGUGAAGGAGGAGACUGUUAUAAUGACGAGGAUGACUCUGGCAACGAGGAGUCCUGACCGUCUUGCCCAUGACACUCUCACACCUUGCCCUUCCCCUUCUGCCCCCAUGUGUCCUAUUAAUGUCCCUCUGCAGGAGCCCUCUCCCUGAAUACGUGCUCACAGGAAUGCACGUGUGCUCCUGCCUGUCUCUCCUUCCUAGUACUCACUUUUCCUUGAUUGCCAUGCUCCUGUCUUCUCUCUUGCUGAAGAAAUGCAUAUGUCAAUAGUGCUGCUGGAUGAUCCCAGUGCUCACCUCUUCCUUCCCAAAGAAUACGUGUACCUGUACACUAUAGCACAGCCACGAACAUGUCUCAUAGCAAGGCUGCUUGGCCACCGAUUCUGUCCAGACACAUUUACUAAGUGACUAGAAGAGCCCCCAAAUAAGUAAUGUCUGUCUAAAACAGUCCUCCCCAUAUGCCAUGGCCCUCUUCCUUCGCAAAGUCAAAUUAGUGUCUUGCCCCUGUUUAGUUGAGCUGUGCAAUGCUCUGUACUGUGACUCAUUUCCCCAUAAUCAUUCUCCUCCAAUGUCUUGUUGACCAACCCAUGCAGAUGUACAUGCUGACUUUGGCAAUGACAUUGUUCACUUCAUUACUGGCCCUAUCAUUCAUCAGAUGACUUUAAUUAUGAGAGUCAAAGAGUCCCUCUUACAGGACUGCAGCAGUACACUCAAAAUUCAUAUUGACAGUAGGUGUGGCCUUGCUCUUUGCACUAGUGGAACUAUCUACCUGGAGGCACGGCUUUUGCCGAAAGUGCUGAUGAAUCUUUGCUUCUGGUUUAUUUCCAUGUUUAAUUUUUACUGCACUUUCUCUCCUUAAAUAUGUUUCAGUACAGCUUGUUAUUCAUGUUACCACUUUUUACGGUGCACUAAGGCCCCAUUGGAGCGAUCCUUUCACCUCCCCAACAUUGGAGUGUCAAAAUGCAGCUGAUGAGAGAUGGAAGUGGCUUCUCUCCGCUUUGUGUGGAAGACUGCACAUGCUCUUUUCUACAGCAGAGAUGUGGACUUGAAAAUCCUAUUUCUCCAGGCCUGUCAAACAGUGCACCAAUGGGGCUGCUGCCUUGUCAGUGGAAUGUACAGGAACAUGACCCCACCAUCAGGAGGUGGUAGGUUUUACUGACCGGAGGUCUGGAGGUGCAUGUGCUAUGUGUUUACUCAUUCUAAAAUUUACCCUUUAGGAAGGACUAAUCACCCUGCACCCAUGGAAACCUUUGCAUACAUAACCACAAAUAAAAAUGCACUUUUUAAUACGGUAACACAGAGCAUGACGCCUCCAGACACGAUGGUGUUUUCAGUGUUACAGGAACUGGCAAGUGUUCAGCAGGUACAUGGGUUUUGAGGAGCCUCCCUCUUGUGUCAAGCCACCUUUCUCUUAGGAAGAACCUGCAUGUCUUGGAAUUUCCUUUCUUGUUUUUUGGUCUUGAUCUGAGAAUUAUCUGGACUGAGCAGCACAUCAGAUGAGGGAGUCUGGGAAGCAACACUUAAUUUUAAGCCCCGGUUAUGAGCCUCAUUUUGUUUUUGUGCGGUCUGCUCCUUUAAAGCUGUUUAAAAAUAGUGAUUUAAAAAAUUUGGACUUGCGCAAUGCACUCUGUAUGUGCUCUGCUGUGAUGCUGUAACCAUGAACAAAAGGCCCAAGCCUGAAGGACAGAGGAGGACGCACUCACACAACCUUGGGAACACAAGUGCAAAGGAGGAUAAGGUUUCAAAACGGCAACAAUAAUUGUAGAAAGGUAGCAAGUGGACAGUGCUACGGAUGUGUGCUAUAUGUAUACAAGGGACAGUGCUCCACACCUAAGGUAAAUGUACCCAAAGGAAAAUACUAUGGAAGCAGGUUUUUGAGGAAAGGCCCUUCCAGGCGCCACACAAUACUGACUCCUGCCACCAGGGAGCAUAUUGCAGGUUUUGGAUGUUAAGUAUGUCUGCUGGCCCCUGCUCCACAAGCAGAGAGAGAACAUGAGAGUAUAACUCUGAAGGACUGCUGGAUUGAGUUUGAGAUCUUUGAGGGACUGCCAACAACAAAGUCAUAAAUGAAACACUUUUUUCUUCCCUCCCCCCCCGACACGGCAACAACAGAAGCAGUAAAUUCAUUUCUUGGAAAGUCUUUCCUCACCUGUCACACUGAUGUUGAGACAUCUUCUUUUUAAACAGUCAAAUGCAAUGAUGGACAAGGAAAAAAAGAACGCAUACCAUAAAUACGCUCCUGAAUAGGAUUUGAAAGCAUUAGUGUUGCUGGGCGCUGUGCAUAGCUGACACCAGCCAAUUUAGCUGUUUUUGUUUCAUUCCCUGUAGUGUGUGUGUGUGUGUGUGUGUGUGUGAGAGAGAGAGAGAGGUGAUAACUUUAUGAAAGUAUUGAGUCACUUUUAAAAAUGAAAAAUUUAUAUUGCAUAGCUUUUUAAAAAUGUCCUGAAAAUGUAUCGCUGGAGUGUGGAAAUGGGAUUGCUGAAAACAAUACAAGUCUUUUGGUUUUCAAGUCGGUGAACUUUGCUUAGUGAAGCCUACUGCUGAGAAACUUCAUUCAUUUUGAGAAGGGUUUUAAAAAAAAAAAAAAAAACCUUGCCUGUCGGCAAAAUAAAAUCUUGUUCAUCCAAAUGCUUUCGGAUGACAAAGGCCUGAUCAGGGCCAACCCAACAUAUGCAUGGAUGAUUUAUUUGAACACAACAGCUUUUGACAGUUUAAUCAUUUACUAUCUUGUCAAAAGGCUUGGAGAUCAAACUUGACACGAUGCAGUUUGAGGUGUGUGUGUGUGUGUGUGUGUGUGUGUCUACAAGCGUACAUUUCAGUGAUACUGAUAUGGGCCAAAGGCAAUUUAGUGACAGGCACAAAUGACGAAGCAGUGUUUUUUAUUCUGAGCAGGAGCUGUCAGCAUGGCCUAUGAUACUGUGAGAUCAUAAUGCAUAAGAAUUAAUGAAACAGGUAAGCAUGAUAUGCAAAAAGUAGUUUAGUGGUACUGCUGGAUUAGGAAGAGAUCUUUAAAGGGUUGUACAGCUGAUGUAAAUGUUUUCAGAAGUCAUUGUCAGGUAAAAGCCAUGCAGUAUUUCAUACAAUUCUGUGGUGUGUUCAUUAAACUUAGUCUGUGUUGAAAUUAUGUUACAUUCAUGGAUUGCUUGCCAAAUUUUAGUGUAAUUAAGAAGAAAAAUUAAACCCGGUGUUAUAAAUACUGUUUUAACUGCCGCUCUGCUGAAGCCAGUGGUUCCUCUUUAGUAAAGACUAAAUUAGAAAUGUUUACUUAAUAAAACUGUGGAAUAAUGUGUUACAUUUUCUCACAUUGGCCUUGUAUGUUGCUUUGGAUAGGAGUGUAGGUUGAGUGAAUAAAGUUUAAAUGAGUAGAUCAAUUUAAAAUGGAAUGAGUACCAGGACAAAGACUCAAGGCUAUUAUCAAAAAAAAAAAAAACAUCCGCCCAGUG